AUGUCUUCAGCGACUCUUGACAUCGUUGCAACGUUUUUGCCCAAGCCAGGGAAGUCUGGAGAGUUGAUCGACCUCCUCUCGUCAGUUGCUGAAAAGGCCAAGGAGCAGGAGCCCGGCACUCUGAUAUACUCUAUCCUGGAGGCGAAGAGUCUGGACGGUAUUGACCAAGUCGUUAUCAUCGAAAGAUACACAGGUCAAGACACGUUGGAUUUUCAUAUGGCACAACCAUACUACAAGGAGAUGGUGGGCAAGUUUGACGAUCUUUGUGAACAGAGACCGACCGCAUCGAUCGGGACUGUUCGAGGAGGCUUCGUGAAGCCAGCAGCGGCACCAUAA